GCUAGUUUUCGCAGCUCUCAUUCGGGGUACAUCGCAGUAUGUAGGGCAGUCUCAGAGCCGGCAAUCCUUUCCAGCAUACCGGGAAAACAUAGUUCAAGAACGCAGCGAUCCACAUCUUGUUAUUGGCUUCACAGCAUAAAGCCGGGUGCAUCUUAUAGCGAUGGAUGUCAGCAGCGUCAUUGGCGACUACGGCCGAUUCCAGCGGGGAGUCUACCUGUAUUCCCUUCUUCGAGGAAUUCCUCUUGGACUUCAUAUCUUAGUUUCCAGUUUCUUUCUACCGAAUGUGGACCACUGGUGCGCCCGGCCCGACGGAGCUCUACAAAACCUCACUAAAGACGAGUGGAAGAUCCUGGCCAUACCGAGACAGCGGUUGAUCGAAGACGGUGAAAUCGUGUCCGGGUUCAGCGGCUGCUCCAUGCGUACUGUCCUGGAGACGGACCACAACGUGACGGUGGACACAAACAGUACGCAAGGAUGCUACGGGUGGGAGUAUGGCGAUAGCUUCUACAGGUCUUCCGUCGUAGAAGAGUGGGAUCUGGUGUGCGAAGAUGCCUGGCUACGGUCCCUGGUGCAGAGUGUCAUGAUGUGGGGAAUGCUGGCAGGUUCUGUGGCGUGCUCGUUCAUCGGCGACAAGGUCGGACGCAGGCCCCCAAUAAUAGCGUCAUUCAUUCUGACGCUAGUGACUGGAGUCAUCAUCGGGAUAGCUCCUUCGUUUGGCGUUUUUCUGGUGGGACGGGCCAUCUGCGGCUUCGGCUUCGGCUUGGGCCAAGGAAGCACCUUCUGCCUUUUGAUGGAAGUGAUCGGCCCAAAGCAGCGCACGACGACUGCCCUGGCGUUCAGCAUGGGAUUCGCGGUGGGUGUCCUACUACUUCCUGGUUUUGCGUGGGUCUUCCAGGAGUGGCGCCACCUGCAGCUCGCCAUCACAGCUCCUCUCAUCAUCUUCCUCAUAGCGUCCUGGUUCCUUCCUGAGUCUCCCCGAUGGCUGGUGGCCACAGGAAGAAUGGAUGAAGCUCGUGCUGUCAUUCUACGGGCGGCGAGAGUGAACGGUAUACACAUCGAAGACAUUGAUGCUUCCCUGACUCAGUUACGCAAGAAGAUACUUCAGCUUAUAGCAAUGGAUGUCAGCAGCGUCAUUGGCGACUACGGCCGAUUCCAGCGGGGAGUCUACCUGUAUUCCCUUCUUCGAGGAAUUCCCCUUGGACUUCAUAUCUUAGUUUCCAGUUUCUUUCUGCCGAAUGUGGACCACUGGUGCGCUCGACCCCACGGAGCUUUACAAAACCUCACUACAGACGAGUGGAAGGUCCUGGCCAUACCGAGACAGCGGUUGAUCGAAGACGGUGAAAUCGUGUCCGGGUUCAGCGGCUGCUCCAUGCGUACUGUCCUGGAGACGGACCACAACGUGACGGUGGACACAAACAGCACGCAAGGAUGCUACAGGUGGGAGUAUGGCGAUAGCUUCUACAGGUCUUCCGUCGUAGAAGAGUGGGAUCUGGUGUGUGAAGAUGCCUGGCUACGGUCCCUGGUGCAGAGUGUCAUGAUGUGGGGAAUGCUGGCAGGUUCUGUUGCGUGCUCGUUCAUCGGCGACAAGGUCGGACGCAGGCCCCCAAUAAUAGCAUCAUUCAUUCUGACGCUAGUGACUGGAGUCAUCAUCGGGAUAGCUCCUUCGUUUGGCGUUUUUCUGGUGGGACGGGCCAUCUGCGGCUUCGGCUUCGGCUUGGGCCAAGGAAGCACCUUCUGCCUUUUGAUGGAAGUGAUCGGCCCAAAGCAGCGCACGACGACUGCCCUGGCGUUCAGCAUGGGAUUCGCGGUGGGUUGCCUACUACUUCCUGGUUUUGCGUGGGUCUUCCAGGAGUGGCGCCACCUGCAGCUCGCCAUCACAGCACCUCUCAUCAUCUUCCUCAUAGCGUCCUGGUUCCUUCCUGAGUCUCCCCGAUGGCUGGUGGCCACAGGAAGAAUGGAUGAAGCUCGUGCUGUCAUUCUACGGGCGGCGAGAGUGAACGGUAUACACAUCGAAGACAUUGAUGCUUCCCUGACUCAGUUACGCAAGAAGAUACUUCAGGAUCAGUCCAGCGAAGACAGCAGAUGCGUGGACCUGUUGACCACGUCCAAGAUACGAAGAUACACAGCCAUACUUCUUUUUGCAUCGUUCACAACGGGGAUCGGCUUCUAUGGACUUCAGCUGUCGAUGACUCGUCUGGGCGGCGACCCAUACUUGAAUUUCGUAAUCGCUGCGGGAGUGGAAUUUCCGGUCGGAAUUGCUUGCUACGUCAUUAUCCGUUUCUUUCGUCGUCGUCGGGCGACGCUGGCCACUUACUGGGUGUCAGGGAUAUGCUGUGUCGGUAUAUUCCUGGCAGGGCACGACAUGCUCUGGCUUCGGCUGUCAUUUGCAAUGGUCGGCAAGUUCGCAGCUUCGACAGCGUUCACAAUCAUCUGGAUAUUCGCUGCCGAGGUAUUCCCUACUGUUCUUCGCACCGUUGGUGUCGGAGCAUGCAUGAUGGCUACGAGCGUAGGAGCCGCAGUGGCACCCUUCCUGGUAGAACUGAGGUCUUACACUGUGGAGGCGGUUCCCAUGACUCUCUUGGCCUGCUUCUUACUUCUUGCCGGCUUCCUAGUGAUACUCUUGCCUGAAACAUUCCGUGUCGUGCUGCCAGACACUGUGAAAGAAACUGAAAAGCUGGGAAAACAAAGGGAGCAAGAAAGCGAUCCAGCAAGUAGCACCGUUCUUCUGAAAGCUGCGAAGCAUAGUGAAAUACGAGUGUAGCGUCCCGUAAAAGAAAAGAAAUUACUGCGUCGAGAGAUUGGAGCGACGGUUUGAGAGGUCGCCAUGCUAUGUCAGACGAAACAAUAUUCUUCGCUCAGGGCACGCCAGCAAAACAGCCUUCAAAGCACAAAUAAAUACUAACUGCUGACUAA